UCGUCGUCGUCGUGAUCGGCCGAAUGGCGUUGGAAGUCGAACGACGGCGGAGGCGCAUCAGCGAGUGGUCACGUCGCCGUGCUCGACGCGACCAAUCGGCGAUCGCCGGCACGUCCCACGUGACCGAAAAAAAUGGAAAUGGUGGACGUAUCGGGUUGCAGGAUCCCGUCAGCGGAGACGAAGGACGAUAGAGCUGGGCAAGGGCCCCCGUCAUCCGUGUGAUCGGUGACCGUACGUGAAUCUUCGCGCGGCAAGCGAGCGUGUUAUCUCGCGCGGUAGAUAGAAUCGUCGCGAUUUCGAACGCGACCACGCGUAGCCCCGCUUGACGUGUGUGUGUGUGUGUGUGUGUGUGUGUGUGUGGCUGUGUGUCUGCGUGUGUGUGUGUGUGUGUGUGUGCGUGUGCCAGGUGCAGCAGGCCGGCGGUGCCUGUCUGUCUGCCUGCCUACCUGCCUGCCUGACUUGCUUGCCUGCGCGCUGCGGAUCGAUCCCCGCGACGGUGCCGAUCGCGGCAAGCGUGCGCGCGCGCGCGCGUGUUUACCCAAGUGUCAACCUGCCCGUAUUGUACGCGCUCGUGUCUCCCGGGGCUCGACCGAUCGACAAGGAAUACGAAAGCACGAAGGGGCUGAGAUCGGCGCGCGAACGCCUACCGCGAGCGGGCCGGUCGUGCGCGUGCGAUCCGCGACGUGACGAGAAGCGGAUACGACGAGAGGUGAAGGCGAGAGAGAAGACGGUAAAAAAAGAGAGAAAUCGGCGGUUGGACCUCACGACAAGAACAGGACAGAGAGCUCUUCCUCCACGCGGCGGACAACUCGGACGUGGAACCCGCGACCGACGGAAGAGAUAGGACACUUUUCUGACUUGGAAAAAGUUCUGUGCAAUAGAUGGAAAUGAUACAGCCACAACUGUGUUAAAUUAUUGCAAUAAAUAUGCUGAAAUACUCAAGAAGCACGAGAAUAUUUACAAUACGCUGAAGACUUUGAAUUUUUGUCAGAACAAGGAAACUAAGUUACUGCCUACCAACAAUAGCACACCCACGCUUGUCACCUGUUCAGUAAAUGUUGUGAUAAUAAUUUAAAUGCUAUCGGAGAGAUUCUAAUGGACAGUCCGUGUUAAAUGCAUGAUAUUAAGAUAAAGCAGGCUAUUCUACUACAACUUAAAAAAAUACUCUAACUCUUAAUGAACAAAUCAGGAACAAGGACCUAUUGAAUUGACUGAACAUAUAAUUCUAUUUAAAAAGAAAAAAUAAAUUCUCUAACGAUUCUAUUUUAUUACAUUAAUGAUUAUUAACCAAUGGUUGGAAUACUCUCUACGAUGUAUAUUGAGAAAAAUCUAGAAAUAAUUUAGAAGGGUUUUACAACUCCUUAUCGAUAUACUUUAUGAUUGGAAGAGAGAAAUACAAAUUUUUAUUUCAUAUCACAAAUUUACUUUUAAAACUUUAAAUGAUAUAUAUACCUAUGAUUAAAGUUGAUUAUUUCUCGGAAACCUAGCCAAUUGGCAAGUGUAUUUGGCACGAGUAAAUAAUCCAAGUUGCAUCAAAAAUAUAGUUAGAAUUAACACAUGUAAAUAAUCAUAAACGUUGACGUUGUAUGUUGCAAGCUUGUAAAACAAAAUGUAUAAUAAUUAUUUUAAACGCUUAAAUCAUUGGUUGUAUAUAACAAGUAAACAAAAAGAAGGAGAGACAACGUAUUUGAAAUAUUAUACAGAUGAUAGACGACACACUUGUUGACCCUCUUCAAUACAAGGGUUAAAAAUGGACAAUAGUGGAUCCGGAGUAGUGCAAGUAUUUGUGGGCGAAUGGAGCCCCGAAUAUGAGGCACUCUCAAUCAAAGCUACGAAACAAACUUCGUCAGCCGAGAUAGUAGAAUGUAUUAUUGAAAGACUCGGACUGGUUGACGCUUCCAUUUCGAAUGGCUACGAGUUAGCAGAGGUGGUAGGGAAUUCUGUUGGACAGGAAUGUAAGGAAAGAAGACUUGGCCCCGCCGAGUGCCCCGUAGCACUCAUGUUACUGUGGCCGAAAAAUGAUACUCAGCAAGAAUACUACAGAUUUUAUCUACGAAAAAAACAGCCAGAUUUAUGGUCUGACAGUAGAUUUCCUAUGGAUCCUCAACUCCUAAAGGACUAUUUUAAUAGAUUCCUUUUUCAACCACGUGACAAGGAAUACCCAGAUUUAUGCCAGCUUCCAGAUCUGAAUGAACAAACACUGUUGGAUAAUCUGAGGGCAAGAUUUUUAGCUGGCAAUAUAUAUACUUAUGUUGGCAGCAUACUAAUUGCCUUAAAUCCAUUUAAAUUUUAUCCCAUUUACAAUCCGAAAUAUGUAAAAUUAUAUCAAAACAGAAGAUUGGGUCCAGAUAUACCUCCUCAUAUAUUUGCCAUAGCUGAUGCAGCUUAUCACUGUAUGCUUAAGGAGAAGAAGAAUCAGUGUAUUGUUAUUAGUGGUGAAAGUGGUUCUGGUAAAACGGAAUCAACGAAUUUUUUGUUACAUCAUUUGACAGCACUUAGCCAAAAAGGUUCACAUGGUAGUGGUGUGGAGCAGACAAUACUCAGCGCUGGACCUGUUCUGGAAGCGUUUGGCAAUGCAAAAACGGCCCAUAAUAAUAACAGCAGUCGCUUUGGAAAAUUUAUCCAAGUAAAUUACAAGGAAAAUGGGAUGGUCCACGGUGCUGUGGUUCAAAAAUAUCUUCUGGAGAAAUCAAGGAUUGUUUCUCAAGGACGAAAUGAAAGGAAUUAUCACGUGUUUUAUUAUCUAUUGGCUGGCGCGAACGAGCAAGAGAAACAGUUAUUGCACUUGGAGGGCUGUGAUCGGUACAAUUACUUAAAUAAAAGUGGCUGCUACGGACUGGAAAAUAUCGACGAACGGCAUGAAUUCUCGAGAUUAAAACAAUCUAUGGAGAUGGUGGGCUUUACAGCAGAGAAACAAAGACGACUCUUUGCAGUUUUGUCGGCAGUUCUUUUACUAGGUAAUGUUGAGUUUCAUCCGAGAAAAUCGUAUCACCAUCAUGAUGAGGCUGUAGGUGUUAAAAAUCCAGAAGUAGUUGCAUUGAUAUCGGAACUUCUCCGAGUGAAACAAGAAACUCUGUUGGCUGCACUUACUGCUAAACGUGCAAGAGCUUCCGGAGAGACUUUAGUUAUUAACUACAGACUUCCCGAAGCGAUAGCGGCACGCGAUGCCAUGGCAAAGUGUCUGUAUGGAGCUUUAUUUGAUUGGAUUGUUUUGCAGGUGAAUCAUGCCCUGCUUUCUAAAAAAGAUACUCUCAGAGAUCAUCAAGGCAAUAGCAUAGGUGUAUUAGACAUAUUUGGCUUUGAAGAUUUCAAAACGUGUAACAGUUUCGAGCAGUUGUGCAUCAAUUAUGCUAAUGAACAAUUACAACAUUACUUUAACCAACAUGUUUUCCAAUACGAACAACGAGAAUAUAGAAAGCAGGGAAUUAGAUGGACAGACAUAGGGUAUAGCGAUAAUUCUGGAUGUCUCAAUCUCAUCGAAGGAAAACCGAACGGUCUGUUAUGUCUUCUUGACGACCAAUGCAAUUUUCCUGGUGCAACGAACGAGACAUUGUUGCAGAAAUUUAACACUGUGCACAAAGACAAUCCGUUUUAUGAAGCACCACAGCGUCGAGAAGCGGCGUUUGUCGUACGUCAUUACGCCGGUGCGGUCAAGUAUCAAGCUGCCAAUAUGAGAGAAAAGAAUCUAGACCUAAUGCGACCCGAUGGCGUUGUCGGAGUAUUGAAAAACUCCUCCCUUGCUUUCGUGCGGGAAUUGGUCGGUGCUGAUCCGGUCGCCGUAUUCAGGUGGGCUAUAUUGCGGGCCUUCUUUCGCGCUCACUUUGCAUUUCAAGAAGCUGGCCGAGCACAUAGACAUGGUAGAGUUGAUGGAAGCAAGACGUCUGUACAAAACAGAUACAGGACACCCAACGAAAAUUUAAUAAGUUCACAUAAACAUACUCGUCCACUGAGUUAUCAGAAGCAACGCAGUGUAUGUUUACCACCGGCUACUACUCCUUCUACCACAUUAUCUUCUAUACAAACUGAAAACAACGACAAUAUAAACAACAAUCGUCUAUCGUGGCCACAAUUUAGAAACAUUAAUCAGACGCAACACCUAUCAAACGUUACGUCGACGAAGGGUGGUUAUGUAUUACGGGGCAGGGAAGACCAGUCCCAUAUUAAUAAUAAAUUCAGACGAGAUAUUCACACACCGCUAGAGAGGGUGCUUCCAAAAGACGAAGCAAACGUCAUGGAACGCGCUAAUCAAAUUGUCAUGAAAAAUAAAUCGUUUCGACCGAGAGAACGCGGUAAGAAAGGUCUGAAAAAUCUGCAAACUGUAAAGACGCUUGCAGGAAGAACUCAGAGUUAUGGUACCGGGCCAGGAAAAGCCAGAAAGCAGCCUAUGACCGUUUCUGCACAAUUUCAGCAGAGUUUACACAGUUUAAUGGACACUCUGAAUCAAGCAAAUCCUUUCUUCAUCAGAUGUAUUAAGAGCAACGCCAAUAAAGUACCGAAUGAGUUUGAUGAAGAAACGGUUCAACGACAGCUACGCUAUACAGGCAUGUUAGAAACUGUCAGAAUAAGGCAAGCCGGUUUCAAUGUGCGGUUAACAUAUGAGGAAUUUAUACAACUCUACCGAAUGUUGCUUCCUAAGGGUCUUCUGAGCUCGCAAUCUGACGUGAGGGACUUCCUAUUGACUCUCAAUCUCAACAGAGAUAAUUAUCAAUUGGGUACUACUAAGGUCUUCCUGAGAGAGUCUGAAAAGAUCAAGUUAGACAUUGAACUCCAUCAACAAAUUAUAACGAGCAUUACCACUAUACAGAAAUGGUUCCGCGCUUGCCUGGAAAGGAGAAAAUUUCUCAGAUUAAAGAAUGCCAUUAUACAGAUACAGUCUUUCUGGAGAAUGGUCUCGGCGCAGCGACUAGCUCAGGUUCUUCGUGCGAGAACUGAAGCCGCAUUACAUAUACAAACUGCCUGGAGAAUGUACAAACAACAUAGCUGGUUUAAAAAAUUGAAGUCAUGCGUAAUUAUCUUUCAGGCAUAUGUCAGAGGAAAUAAUGCCAGGAAGAAAUUUGAUAAAUUAAAAAGACGAAAAAGAUCUUUACCAGACAAAAUUCAAGAAGUCAAGAAAGUUCAAGAAUACAAAGAACUUGUAUAUGAUAAAGUAUGCGCCAAAGAUAACGAAGAGUUAUUCGCGGAAGAUCGCAGUCUAACGGAAUAUGGUGAAUCACCUCGAAAAGUAGAAUCUCCUAAUCGACCCAUGUCAGCAAGGGGCGAUAACGCGUACCGAGACAGCACUUUGGAUACAACUAUCUCAUAUUCUAAACGAAAGCUCACUCCUAACAAGCGAAUUUUACGCGAUACACCGUUGAAGAACACUGAAACACAUCAUUUCGAUGAGAUUACAGAGCGUAAGAGUAGUCUUGAGAGUUUGACCAGCCUGAGGAGUUACGAAUCUCAAGCUAGCGUUAACAGUUCUGAAUCGCAAGAGAAUUCCGGCUCGAGACCUGUGCCGAGCACGAGAACGAAACGCGGUGAUCAUUCAUCAACGGUUGUAAAUCUAUUAAAUGCGUCCAGUCGACACUCCUCAGUGAGUAGAAGAACCGACAGUUCCUCGACGGGAUAUAGUGACGGUGAAGCUGAAAGCGAAACACCGAGCGCCGUACAAAGUGCUCCACCUGUUUUCAAUACGAGUCCACCAUUCAUCGGUUCACGUGACAUCGAGUAUCACUCCGCCAACGUGAACUUGACGCACAGUCCGAAUUCGGACAUUUGGCGUCGUAGAAUAGACUACUCUCCCGCCAAUUAUAGCGACUUUAUGCCGGUAACCCAGAAAACAACCAUUACUCGUUCUGCAAACGUUUCUCAUUAUAAGAAUGUAACGGACAAUGUUUUCGAACAAACCCGACAUGAAAAGCCCAACGAAGCUGCAAACUAUAAUGUCAAACUUGACACCAGCGAUCGCUUCGUUCAAAUGGAAAGCUUAGCGAGCGGCAGGCAACAACGUGGACUUAACGAUAAUAACGUUGCUAAUGAACGAAUGGAAAAUAUUCCAAUAUCGCCGAUAAAGCGAGAUCAAACCAAGCAUGGAUCUACUAAGAAUGUCAAAGAUCUUAGCUACUUGCGGCGACAAAAUUCGGAAGGAGAUACUACGAUGAAAGUUGUGGACGUCGAUGAUAGUGCUUUGAAGAGCACUUUAUUGAGAGGAUCAUCCCCGAGAGAAAGAAACUCGCGUUCGAAGGAGAAAUACGAGCCGGACGUGCCAGUGAGAAAUGCAAGGCGAAACAGGCCUUCGAGGGAGGUUCAGUGCCGAUCUAUGGGAGAGAGUGCAGUGGAAACUAACACGGACACGCGAAAUCUGCUUCUUGGCACGAUUAAGGAAAGUGACUUGAAUAAAACGACAAACGUAUGGUGUCGGAAAGAAUAUCCGCACGAGACUGCUUCUCGAUCUGUUACGGAUUGGCCUAUGAACAAGAAUGAAGGUACAUACAAGAUACAACAGCCCGGUAAACGUAUGAGAUCCAACGCGAUAACGACUCUCGAGUUACGAAGGAGAAACUCUGAUCCAGCUACAAAGAUCUCGGGUCUGAGUGAGGAUAAAAUGGGACAGGAUACUAGUUCAAACGAUUUGAAACUCGCGCCUGGUAUGAAUCUUCUCGAAUGGAAAGGUAACAAUCUGUUUACUUUGGCCGGUCAUCGUUUCCGAAAAGUGGCGCGAUUUGCGAAGGAUGACGUGUGCGUGUGCUGUCAUGAGAAGAUGGACGCAUUUGUGACGCAAGGCUACAAAUGUGUCGACUGUAAGCAGUUGUAUCAUGUCAAGUGUAUUCAAAACGGUGGAGUGCUGAAAAUGCCAUGCUUAUUGGCUAAUACGCCGAGCAGACGGAAAAAUCGAAAACCACCGCGCACACCGUAUGAUACUACGAAACAAACAGUAGCGUCCAAGUUUAAUCUAACCGGUACCUCAGCCUUUUCCGACAGCACGGAUAAGAUCAUUUCGGACGCCAAGGAAUUAGCGCUGAUGCAAGACUUUAUCACUAAGAAGAUCUACAAAAUGGAGAGUCAAGAGGAAGGGCGGAAACCAAGUGAGGUGGAUCGCGUUUUCAAGCAGGCUCUUAGGAAAUUCAAGGAUGAUCUGGUGAUCACAUAUAGCGUCGCCAUACAGCAAGGCGUAGAGGGCAACAUCAAGUACACCGAUUUGAUUGCCAAUUUUCUACACGUUAUGGAAACGGUUUGCAAACAAGAGAACACGAGGGAAGAUUUCCCUGUAACGAUGGGCGUGAAUGCAUUCAGAGGCUUUAUGAAUGAAUUCAUGGCGAUGGUUAAAACCGAAGCUCUUGAAAAACAAAGCAAGAGUAAACGAAAAAAAGAAAAAAAGCGGAAACAGGAAGAACCCAUACGACACGGGAGUCACAUGUUCCAAUUGACUAUUAUCAAUAUACCCACCGCCUGCGAAGUCUGCACGUCUUUCUUCAUGUGGCCUAUUGAGCGAGGACUCGUUUGCCAGAAUUGUAAAUUGACAUGUCACAAAAAAUGCUACAUAAAGGCGUCAGCAGAGUGCGGCAAGGAUGGUUCUCUGCUUGAAACAAAUUCUCACAAAGUAUUCGGUGUACCUUUGUACAAAUUGGACUGCGGUGAUGGCAAAGUACCACUCGUAGUAGAUCGAUUAAUUACGACUAUCGAGAUGCACGGUCUCUAUACCGAGGGUAUAUAUAGAAAAAGUGGCGUCAGUUCCAAAGUGAGAGAACUCAAAAUGAAAAUGGACGAGGGCGACUUAGAGAAGGUGGAUUUUGAAAAUUAUCAAGUGCAUGUUCUAGCUGCGGUGUUAAAGAGUUUCUUUAGAGACAUGCCGGAGCCAUUGUUGACUUACGAGUAUUACGACGAUUUUUUGCACGCGGCAAAUUUGACGGAUCCGCAUGAUCGAAUCGGCACACUUUUUGCCAUACUGAAGAAAUUACCGAAACCCAAUUAUGAUCUGAUGGAACGCUUGAUUGUUCAUCUGGCGCGAGUAGCGCGACACGAAGUGGAUAAUAGAAUGUCGCCAUCGGCUUUAGCCAUCGUUUUUGCACCGUGCAUCCUUAGAACGAACAGGACAUUGCCCGCGCAAGAUUCUCUUCAAGAUGUGGGCAGGCAAACGCGUUGCGUCGAAACGAUUGUGCAGGAAAAGUUGAGAGUAGUUAGAGCGACACUAGCGGAUAUAAAUACUCUCGAAUCUGCUUGUCACACAGCUACUCAUCGACUCUCCAGUUUACGAUCGUCCAAGAUUUUCAGCCCAGAGGAGUUGAACGUGGCUGCUGCGAGUGCUGCUGGACGGGCAGCUGCGAUGGAUCGCGAUAGGGAUCGAGGAGAUGAGGAAGAAGCGUUACUCGUCGAUCAUAUACAAGAAAUUCAAAAGGAAAAGGCUCUCUUGACGUCUACUUUACCCAGUUUAACGAGGGCUUCUUCGGACGAUGAUCUUCUCUUGUCAGCCACGGAUCUAGACGAUGGAUCUCUCGACGAUCUUCUCCCGUCCUCUGCUGACGGACUCGUAAGGAAGAAGCCCGUUCAAAGGCAAAGUUCAGCAGACAAUUCAUUUCCGACAAUUAUCAAUAUGGACGACGAUAUGGUAAUGGUAUGAAUAGCAUCCGCGAAUAAUGUUAACGUACAUUCUGAUCACAGUCCGAUAGAUGAUGAGAAAAAUAUUGUAUUAGGGCAGAGAAUCAAUAAUUUUAAUUGCUGAUCCUUUCAGCCAAUUACUGUGUUGAGACGCAUUAGUAAUUAUAGAUAGUUCGUAAUUUGUUGACUCCAUAAAAAAAGAUUUAAUUGUGUGACUGAGAUAAUUCCAUUCUCUUAUCAAAGUCAGUAGAGAUAUCUAAAACUAUUUCGUACAAUAUAUGGUUAGGAAAGAACAAUGCACAAAUUUUAACUUCGCCUCGUAACUUUAUUCAUAAUGCAUUCCUCCUUUCUUUAAAGACUGUCGAAGUAUUCAGAGGCGCAACGUUUCGUUCGUUUAUAGGUUCUAAAAGAGAUAUUAUUAACGCGCCACUUUACACGUUUUAAAUAUAAGAGAAGAAAGCACAGAAAAAAACUAGAAAGUAUUUAAAGAAAAAAGCGUAUUGUUCUUAAUAUAUAUAUAUAUAUAUAUACAUAUAUGUAUAUGUAUAUUUUUUUAAGAAAUUUCCGCUUAUAUCAAAGUGAUGAAGGAGUCAUACCGAAUUACUCGUUUUUACAAAUUUAUAUUCAUAAAAAUAUAAUUUAUUGUUGCAUUGUGUUGCAAUUCUCAACAAACGUUUUUUUAUGGAAAGUCUUUUUAAUAUAUAAAUACGCUGUUCUUUUGUAUUUGUUUAGCUUUAGUAGAUCUGCCACUUGAAAAUUAUUUCUUUCCAAAGCAUCUACUUGUCACGUUCAAGUAGAAUCGAUAAUCGACCGCUUUGAAUUCCUGCGAAAUUUUUAUUGUAUUUCAUUAUAAUGUCUGACGACGAGAGCCGAUUUGAAGUGUUAGGUUUAGGCGCAGGAAUUUAAGGAACGACCAAGAGAGAAAGAGGAAACCAAAACAUAGUUUGUACAUAUUAUACAAUAUAACAAUUUCUUAAUAAUCUGUUAUUAUUGUUGAAUUUACGCGAGAGACGUUUAACAAGAUUAUAUUUCUAUCUAUCGAUAUUCGUUGUAGGGUUAGCUACGUCGUUAUCGGGCCUUUACUUUUCGGUUUUAGUUUCUUCUCUGGAUCGAUUUUUACUUAACGCGUUUUUUCCUCAUGCUCAGAUGCGUCCCAGAGAUAUGUGUGCGUAUGUAAAUAAAUGCGUUACAUACAAGUACUUAUGUACACAAACAAAUUUGUGCACAAGACUAAUCAAACUGCUUCGCUCGAGAUUUAUUGCAUUUUUAAUAAUUUCAUUUUAAUUUCAUAUGUAUAUGUAUAUAUAUUAAAAAAUUAAGAAUAUUUCUUAUAUAUACAUAUGUGUGUUACUCAACAUGUCUUAGAUCUUUAUCGAUUCUCUUUUGUUGUUUACGCUGUUUUCUUCAUCUAUCCAUACAAAUUCGUAAAUCGUGCCACUUGGUACCCAAUAGUCUAACGAUUGGCGAAAAUCGCCAAUGUGAAAGAAAAGGAGUGAAAGAGAUUUCGAUUUCGCGUAAUAGAGUCUCUAUCCAAUAAGGAUAAUCAGAUCAGGUCUCCACUUACGUACCACGAACUUAAUUGAAUUCCCCUGUGAAUUAAUAGUUACGCUUGAUGAUGAUCCCGGAUAGAAUUGGUCAGUGAAUUGAGUUCCUUCCUUUUUAUUUCUUUUCUCAGCUCCGGUUAGCAAUUGAAUAUAACGAUAUUUUCAAUUAUAAUGGAUACAGUGGAUGGAUGGAGAAUUUAUUAUUACAGGCGCGAGAGUGACCUAUAUAAAUUUUUUAUUCAUUAUUUCCGAUCACAUACAUCAUACGUUCUGUUGCAUCCAAUCACCAAAGAUUCGACGCGCAGUUAUUUUUUUAUUCUUGUAUUUAUGUCAAUCCAAUAGUUUUUUUUUUUUUUGUUUUUUUAGUUUGCGUGCAUCGUCCGCUUUUUAAUAUUCAAACGCCCUAUAUUUUUUAAUUACUUUCGCAUAUACUUUAAAAGAAUGAAACUUAUAUUUCCGUCCUCUCUCUCGAUUAGAUCGACAGUUACGUUUGUGCAGCAGGUGAAUAUUUUAAGUUUCGCGUAUCGGCAAUCGAUGACGAGGUAAAAACUUCUUUUUCCGUUCAAUUAAAUCCCGUCUUUGAGUACUGGACCACGCGCGACUUUUAUCCGAAUAACUUUUAGAAUUAAGUCGAAUAAUUAAGAAAAAGAAAAGGAAAAGAAAAGCAAGGAAAAGAAUCAUUCGUUCUUUCAAAGCAUCUUUUUUUUUCUUAACUCGCAUCUCCGCGUUUACGUUCGUUUUAAGAAUAAUCGACUCGGCGAUGAUGAGUAUGAGAUGAGCAAUUAUCGUCACGUCAAAUCGAUCCUCGAUCGUUUUAGACGGUCUCGGAACGACUUUAAAUUGCCUUUUUACAAUCAAUAAGUUUUACGAAAUAUAAGCUAAGGUAAAUCGUUAUGAAAUCGUCUUCACUUUGCAUGGGGGAUAAAUCGUAGUGUUAUGUAAAUGUAACGUUACCUUUCUCAUCUAUAAAGCCAUGACAUCGUGCUCGCAGUGCACAAAUGACUUUAAGCGAAGCGGAACGAUCUUAACGGGGAAAAAAUUAUAGAGAAUACCUAUAUAUAUAUCUAUAUAUAUAUAUAUACAUACAUAUAUAUUUUUGUUACGUCCACCGAAUAAGGUUCUAGUGUGUCGUCCUACUUUAAUAUAUUAAUCGCGAGUGUUAAUACGCUGGUUUCAUCCGGUAUGCGGUAUGUUAAGAGAAACUUUUUUUUAUAUGCGACUGUUAUUUCGUUGAAGUGUCCUUCGACACACGGUUGACUCAAAGUUUGAUUUCACUCCGUUUUUUUUUUUGGCUAGUCCAUUGUUACAACAUCGAGAUAUAUCGAAUUGUUGAUUUAUUUCUCAUCUGUCCUACUAAUAAUAUAACCGAACAACCUAUAUUCUUCGAGAAUUUUAUUAGACAGUGGACAGAAUUUAUUAAUAAUAGAUAUUAAAUAAAACCUAAAUCAUACAUGAAUCAGCAGACUACUUCGAUGUGACAGAACUGGGUUAGUCGCGUAAGAUAAGAAAAACAAACUAAUUAUCGUUGUAUAUGUAAAGUAUCAUCUACACAAGCACAUACGCUUCUUUAUUGUGGAAAGUGCUUCGCUCUUGUAACCCGCUCGCGCGAGGCGAGCGAGGAUCGCGAUGUCGAUCGUGAUACGAGAUUUCUUCGAUGUUUCCUAUUUACGGAGCAAAAAUCUCAAACGCGAUUGUUCAAAUAAUGAAACUGCAAUAAAAUCCGCGCCUCUUUUUCUCAAGUUUCCACCAGUGUGUCUAAUCAAAUGUAAUUAAGAGCCUACACCAAAUAUACUUGUCGCCGCAAAUUCUCGUUCGGGAUUUUUGUAGCCGCAGAUACAUCUUAUCCAAGACUGUAAGGGUACAUCGGUUGUAGUAUCAUAAGGGCAGCGCGCAACAAUUCUUCAUGACAAUAUCGUUCCGCAGAAAGUCGCAAUUUCCGAUACACCCCACAGCUACUGCAACGACAACGGCGAUUCUCGCGCUCUUUUCUCUUCCGUUUCACGGUGCUCUCGUGUACUCUCGUUUUCUCUCUCUCCUCUCUCCCUCUCUCUCCCCCCUUUUCUCUCUUUCUCUCUCUUGAUUUGGUUUGCCGAGUAUUUCAUCGCGAAUCAUGGAUGUGUCUCGACGAAGCGACAUGUCAUUGGUUCGCAUAUGAUCUUCUCGGCACCGGGAAUCGAUGCAGCAGUGAACUUGAACGCGUGUUGCGAAUGUGGAAAACCGAACCGAAAUCGGUGCUGCAUUACUCGGCCGAAUUUUCAAAAUACGCUUAUUAUAAAUAGGUAAAAAUAUAUGUUUGCUAUGUCACAUGCGUGUGUGCGUGCGUGCAUGCGUGUGCGAUUCGUGUUUGAUUCCCAUUCGCCAAUCGUUUGAAAACUGCAUCGAUUCUCCGCCCGCUCGAAGCAUCGACGAUCAACGAUGAGAAUAUUCUUACGUUUUAAAUCUUGAAUGCGAAACGCAUCCUAUACAAUUGACGCAGGUUUCUUGAAAGUAAAAAAAAACAAUCAAGAGAGAGGCAAGAGAGCCUGAAGAAGAUAGUAUAGUUCGCAAUCUUCAUUGAGAUGUCGCGACAUUAAUGCUCUUCCUCGUUUGUAAAUCUAAGGACAGUGAGCAGGACAUUUACCAAUUGCUCGAAUCACAAAUAUCGUUAUACAGAAUGUUUUGUAUUGGAAAACCUAUAUUUUCUUGUAUACUUUACGCUUAUAAAAACCAACUAUAGCUUAAAGUGUAUUUUUGAUUAUAAUCCAUCUCUAAAGCUAAAUUAAAAUUAAAAUCAAAAUUAUUUAAGAACAUAGCGACGAGAUGUAGCACACAUCCUGCUUGUUAUAUUUAUAUAUGUGUAUAGCCAGAGUGUACCCGAUGGGAUGUACAUUAGUAUGUGUACACACACACACACACACACACACACACACACAGACACACGGUAGUGUAUUAGUCUUGAACGAACGAACUUCCUUAGCGGAAAUUCUAUCGGGUAUCGUAAUCUGUUAUAAUUGUUCGUUACAAUUAUUUAUAAAUUUUUCAAUAUUUGUUAUCUUGACACGGACCCAGAUUUUAAUUUCGCUAAGGAAAACAUCGAAUACGACUUCGCUCGAAAAAUAAGAUUUACGCACUUCUCUUAGAAUAAUAUGUAUACAUACCAUUUAUUUUUCUUCGAACGAGCGUGAUGUGUGAAAGUAUAUAUACAUUUUAUAUAUAUAUAUAUAUAUAUCCUGUGUGAAUAAUGCAUAUAAAAAGAUAUAUAUACAUAUAUAUUAAAAAUAUGUGCGUGCGUAUAUGCGUGUAUGUGUGUACGUCGUAAGCAUUUGCAAAAAUGAUGGAUAUCAGUGUCAUUUCUCGCACGAUGGUACGCUCGAAUGAGGACCGACACGAAUCACGUGCACGAUGGAAAUUAUAGACAUAUAUAUAUACACACAGCGAUGGAACAAUUUCGAGAGAGAUACAUGCGUGUGACGUGAUAACAAAACGCGCGCAAGAAGGGAAAGCGGAAUAUAUUUUCUCGACUCAUAGCUCAAAUAGAUUUCUUUCUCUCUCGUUUUUUCUUUCUCCCAUUUUUUCGUUUAUCCCUUGCGAUCUUCAUCCUGUAUUCCUUUCUUCACUUUUCGAUCGCAGUGAUGUGCACUGCGAUUUAUACAUAGUGAACCCGUUCGACUUUUCGGUAAUCCAUCAAAGGUAAAACCCCUGAAUUGUGGCACCGAUUUCCUCCUCGUAGUACGUAUGAUCCUUCAAACAAUUUCUUUUUUGAUUAUCUUCCGUUUAUCUUUUUUUCACAUUUAAUCGUUAAUAACUGUUCGCACUCUAAUAAUCGAGAAUCACCCGUGUUUUAUCGGUGAGUAAAAUACCGUGAAAUGGAUCGUAGGAAGGAACAAUUCGAAAGGAACCUCGAUGGGGACGAUAGAAAUGAUUUACGAAACGUAACGCUUAUCUCUUUUUUUUUUUCUCGAAGUAUUGACGUGACGUCGAUGCGAAGUAUGGUGAUUCUGUGAGUUUCACGCAAUCCGCGCGUAAUUGUUUCGGAAAUCGAUACUUUAGGUUUAGGAUCAAUUGGUAAUACGUAUGAAUGUAUUCAUUCUGCGUGCCUCCGAGUAUAACAAUUUCCGCGAAAGACAAAGAACGUUCACCCGCGUUUCGUUGAUCGUCAAAGAAUCCGCGCGAAGAAUCGGAACACCUUGGUUCAGACAUGUCGAAAGAUGAGACUUAGAUCGCGCUUGUAAACGAUGGCAGCGAAGGCGAGAUCGUCCGUUUCGCGAUGAAGAGCUUUAUUAACGGAUUGUUAAGACAAAGAGAGAAGGUGAAGGAGGAAGAGAGGGAGAAGGGUCAAUCUCCGUACCACCUCGCUUCCUUUUUCCCGCGACGACGGAAGACGAUCGAUUUCCGGUCCUACGGGGAGAAACGUAUCGAUCGCCUUCAGUACGGUGUCCACAACGACAAGCGUCCAUAGAUCAAAACUAAACGGAGAUUAAGAAGAUGUCGAGAGCGCACUUUUCUCAACAUGCGAAUGCGACCCCAUUAAUCGCGCUCAUCACGUAUGUACGCGUUUUUUCUUUUUUCUUUCCUUUUUUCCCUUUUUUUUCCCUUUUUUUCCGAGUUCGAAGAUUUACCGAUUUAGUUCACGAGUCUGUCUCGUUUCACUUGUAUGCCUGUCGGUGUGUGUGUGUGUGUGUGUGUGUGUGCGUGCGUGUGUCUCCGAGUAUGUAUUUGCGCCAAUGUGGCGUGUAAGGUCGUGUAUUAUUAGCGUGGAAAUGACGGUGAGCGAGAUCUACUUCUUCGUGAUGGAUUGUAAUUUUAUAUAAUAUUUGUAAGACAAAUUAAAUAUUAUGUACAGCAUACCUGACAGUAAA